AUGUUCGAGGGGCUGGAGAAAGUCUCUAGUCUGAUUACUCGGUAUGCAAUCUUCGAGAAUCUCUACCUUUUUGAGCCGCAAACGAGCACAAAGGAAGAGCUUAGGCGCAUGUUGAUAGGAUUAUAUGCUCUUAUCCUGCGUUAUUUGCUACAGGCAAAACUGCAUUACAGCCGGAGAACUGGUGAACGGAUGCUACGGAGCUCUUUCGAGACUGCUGAGAUGGCCGUGGGAAAGUAUUUUACUAGGAUCUCCGAGGAGGAGAAGAGAGUCGAAGAUAUUGCUGUUCUAGUUGAUGCGCAGUACCAGAGAGACAUAGCAUCAAAUGUCGCCAAAAUAACCACGAAAUCAGAUCGCACCACUGAGAGUCUUCACCAUUUGCGGGCAGAACAGCAGAGCAGGUUUGAAGCUGUUGAAAAAGAAAUCAGCGCAUUUAAUCGGAAGCAGACCAGGACGACAGCCGGCUCCGGAAAGAGCAAAUUGAUAACCACUAUCAUACGCGAGAUGCUGUCUGAAAACGAGCACAAUGGUGCAGCUGCACCUGUUGCAUACUUUUAUUGCGCACGCAAUGCUGCAGAGCCCCUGAGGGCAGAGCCGGACGAGGUCGUGCGUGCACUCCUCAAACAAUUAGUGCAUUCCGAAGGGAGGAAACAGAUAUCCAGCUCGUUAGAAGACGCCUUUCUUACGCGACAGCGCGAAGCAGAUGAGGAUGGAUGCGAUCCGGCUUUGCUAAGUAUUGAUGAGUGCACACCUCUGAUACUGAAUUGGCUGCGAGACAACCCUGUGACUAUUAUCAUAGAUGCUUUGGAUGAGUGUAGCCCGGUCCGUCGACAUGAAUUGCUGACUGCACUAGAUACCAUUGUUAGUCAAGCAGAGAAUGUUGUCAAGGUUUUCGUAUCGAGUAGGGAUGACAUUGAUAUCGUCCUCAGACUAGCUAAUUCGCCAAACAUCUCAAUCAGAGCAAAUGACAAUGCGAAAGACAUCAUCACAUAUACCAAUACAGAAGUAAGCCGAGCAAUCCAAGAGCGCCGGUUACUCCUUGGUAAUGUUUCUGAUGAACUCCGACAUAAGAUUAUUGACGCCUUGGUUGACGGAGCUCGAGGGAUGUUUCGCUGGGUCGCUUUGUCGAUUCAGCACCUGUGCGAAAAUCUUCGUAUGAUCCUCGAAGAUGAUGUUAAGGAGGCCAUCGGACGUCUUCCUGAGAGUCUUUCUGGGCUUUACCGAAUCGUUUACGAGGAGGAGAUCUUGCGUAGCGAACCAAGGGGUCGAGCAGUAGCUAUCCGCGCAUUACAGUGGUUGAUGUGUGCGCUACAACCUCUAAAUACAAGAAAAUCUCUUGAAGCAGUAUCCUCGGACUCCGCUGGUCAAGCAACGCAUGCAUCAAAGAAUGACCUUAUCGCUUUGCUUCGGAAUUUGAUUGUUGUUGAUGAGGAAAGCGAUGUCUUCCGUUUCACGCAUUUGUCCGUUCGGGAAUACUUGGAAACCAGAGACGAGUAUUCCACAGAAAAAUGCCAUGCAGUAGCGGCUGCCCGAUGCGCCUCUCUGAGCCUAAGCAACACAAGGAAAGGGAAGACCAGUGAGCAACCCGCGGAAGAAGACUUCGCCAGGUAUUCAAUUGUGUUUUGGCCGUUACACUACCAACACGGAAAACCUGAUGCUGAACUCCAAGCGAGAAUGAGAAAUCUCUUCUUCCAGGACGACGGUAUUGCUGACACGUUCCGCCUCUGGGUAAAUGACUUCAAGAGUGUGCUUGCUGAAGACGAAAACUUGCUCGCACGCCUCAUACCUUGUGAAGGUGGGGAGGAAUUACUGGAACUCCUAGCUCUUAGCCCAACACCUCUGUUUCAUUUCUGUUGUAUCUUUGGGCAACUUCCGAUCCUGGAAAGCUUGAAAUCUGACGGAUUCUCGGAUUGGGACAGGGUGUGCCAUCAGGGAAUGACAGGUCUAGAUGUAGCAAUAUGCUGUGAACAACAAGACACGGCUUGUUUGCUUCUACAGUAUGGGGUCAGAGCUGGCUUUCGACCUCUGCAACAGAGGAGCCCCUUUGUUGCAGCUGCUCGCUUAGGUCAAAGUGAGGUGGUCAAGUUAAUGCUCCUAGAUGAAGAUGUGAAUGUUAAUGCGCAGUCUCAGUGGGUGGAACGGACGCCUCUAGGAGCCGCAGCAGAACAUGGACAUUGGGAAGUAGUGCAGCUCUUAUUGGCUAGAGGCGAUUUGAAUCUCAACGACCGGGACCGAUAUGGCGCAACAGCUUUGUACUAUGCAGCCGCAAAUGGACAUACACGAAUUGUACAAGGACUCUUACAAAGGGAAAACGUUGACUUCGUGUCAAAAAACAGCCAAUUGCCGCCAUCAACAGCCUUGUUAGAAGCUGCCAAAGGGAAUGAUUUCGUGGUCGUGCAACUUCUGCUUCAGAGGAGUCACACGCCCAACCUUCAAAGCAGCGACGGCAAGACGCUGCUUCAUUGGACUGUCUCUGGGAAAAUCGCGAAGGAGGGAAUUACUCCUUUGCUGUGUGCAAUUCAGCUCGAAUCAAUUGAGAUCGUCAAACUACUUUUGGCUCAUCCAGCCAUCGACGUAAACACGUCAAGUCCUGAAGGCAGAUCCCCAUUAUGCCAGAUGAUCCAUGACUCAGCAUGCUUUGGACUUGCUGGAAUGGACUGGUUCCACAUUGGCAGUUCGCUGGUGCAACGUCUCGAGUUACAAGUAAACAAGCAAGAUUUUCGUGGAAGAGCCCCACUUCACUACGCUGUCAUUUCUGAUCAGGCCGCAUUCGUCGAGCUGCUGCUUACCCGAGGUGACAUUGAUCCCAACGUUCGAGACGAUUACGAUGCAACGCCGCUCUGGGAGGCUGCAUACCAAGGGAACUCGGAGGCUUCGGAGUUUCUGGUUGACGACCCGCGGGUUGAUGUCAAUGCGGAGGAUAAAAGAGAUGCCGAAAAACAAACGUGCUUGCACGCCGCUGCCGGCGGCCCUUCUCCUGAGGUCCUGCAAUUGUUCCUGGACCGCAAUGACGAUGUCAACAUCACCACCAGCCGAGGCCAAAUACCGCUACAUGUAGCGACUGAAAAAUGCCGGCAAGGCUCGGUCGAGCUUCUUGUCACUCGCAAGGACGUUGAUGUAAAUAAGAGGGACACGCUUGGUAGAUCUUCCUUAUGGAUCGCGUCCCAUCUUGGAAAGAAAAGCAUUGUCGAAGCCCUUACCAGGCGCGAUGAACUCGAUCUGAACGCGCCUGACGUUGAAGGCAACAUCACCCUGCAUAUUGCAGCAUUCUGGGGAAAUAAGGACGUUUCCGAAUUCCUCUCAAAGCAGGACAGGAUCGACUUGGAAUUGGUAAAUUGUAGAGGAGAAACGUCACUGUGGAUCCUAGUGUCAAGAAAUUGGGUUCAUCUUCUUGAGAAUUUUUUAACGCAGGGAGGUCUCAAGAUUCUGAAUACACCAGAUCACCUCUGCCAGACGCCACUCCAUGUAGCCGUUCUACGUGGGAAAUUGGAUACUAUAAAGUUACUGUUGAGGCAACCAGUCAUCGAGCUAAAGCAGAAAAACAACCUGAUACUCUCGCCCCUUGGUAGCGCUGUGCGAAUACUGGCACAGAAUACCGAAAACAAGUCCAUGGCUGACGUGGUGAAGGUACUAUUGCUAACCUUGGCCGGGCAGAUAGAUGUAGGCAUUCAUCACGUGAUGGGUAUUUUAGUUGAUGGCGACCUUCACAGACAAACCGCCAGGUUUGUGAAGCUUUACGGACGAGAAGAGAACAAAGCAAGGAGAGUGCGUGAAACGGAGUCAGGAUGGUUACGGAUUUGGCUCGAUCUCACGGAUAUAGAUCCGCAAGCGCGCAACCAUUGCGAUCAGACACCGCUUCAAACGGCCGCCGCCAAUGGCCUCGCCCAGAUCGUGAGUCUUCUGCUUCUUUGCGAAGAUGACGACAUUGCUUCAACUACGAUUGCGGCACAUCCUCAGACCCCAUUUUGCCUAGCAGCCCGUGCUGGCCACCAAGACGUGGUACGACUUCUUCUCAGGCGAAGCACCUUGAGGCCCGGCAUGGAAUGCAAGUGA